UCCCCUCCCCGCCCCCGACCGUGGCGUAGCCGCGCUCGGUUUCCGUGAUAGCUGCAAGCGGGGCCCGCGGCGCGCUGGGUGUGUGCGGGAGCCUGGCGGGAGAAGCGAGCGCUAUGGACGCGACAGCUCGGACUCUCCGUCGUCCUUAUUAGGGCCGCCGCCCAGCCCAGCUGGAGCCAUGGACAAAGCCGACAAGAAUGUCAAGCUGUCAGCUGAAGUAGAACCAUUUAUUCCUCAGAAGAAGGGUCCAGAAACACUAAUGAUCCCAAUGGCACUUCCUAAUGACAGUGGAGGAAUGAAUGGCAUGGAACCAUCUCCUAUCCCUAGCUACCUGAUCACUUGCUAUCCAUUUGUACAGGAAAACCAAUCCAACAGACAGUUUCCAUUAUACAACAAUGACAUCAGAUGGCAGCAACCCAACCCCAACCCUGCAGGACCAUACCUCGCUUAUCCUAUAAUAUCUACGCAGCCACCUGUUUCUACAGAAUAUACAUAUUAUCAGCUGAUGCCAGCACCAUGUGCUCAGGUCAUGGGUUUCUAUCAUCCUUUCCCUGCCCCCUAUUCUGCACCCUUCCAAGCAGCCAAUGCAAAUGUUACUACAGAAUGCACUGAGCGUCCCAACCCAUCGGGUCAGGUCUUUCCAUUAUCCAGUCAGCGGAGCAGAAGCAGUAACAGGGGACCAGUCAUACAAAAACAACAGCAAUUACAGACGCACAUAAAAAAUAAACGUCCUCCAGUGAAAAAUGUUGCUACUCAAAAGGAGACUAGUUCAUCAGGUCCUGAGAACAGAUCAAAGAUUGUUUUGUUGGUUGAUGCGUCACAGCAAACAGACUUUCCUUCAGAUAUAGCUAAUAAAUCCCUUUCUGAGAGCACCCCUGCAAUGCUUUGGAAAUCCAAAGGCAGGCGCAGAAGAACCUCUCACCCUGCUGCAGAGUCCUCUAGUGAACAGGGUGCCAGUGAGGCAGACAUUGACAGUGACAGUGGCUAUUGUAGCCCCAAGCAUGGCAAUAACCAAGCUGCAGCUAUGACUUCAAGAAAUACAGAUUCUUGUGCAAUUAAUGUUGUGGAACCAUCCGUAAAUACAACUGGUGUGAGUUGGACUAAUGUAAAUUCCCAGGCAACUCAAAAAAAACCUUGGAUUGAAAAAACUCAGACUUUUUCUAGAGGUGGAAGACAAGCUGAGCAAAGAAAUAGUUCACAGUCUGGUUUCAGAUGCAGAGACCACAGCACAUCUUCAGAAAGAAGGCAGAAUUUGCAGAAACGACAUGAAAAACCUCUAACUACAAGCCAGUCAAGCAGAGCAGAACAGAGUCCCGAACCUCUCUAUUUUGAGGAUGAAGAUGAAUUUCCAGAACUAAAUAGUGACAAUGGCAGCAGCAAAAGUAAUAACAUCCAGCAAAAGAUUUCACCCAAAGUGUUGGAGGACUUACCAGAGAAUUCUCCAAUCAAUAUAGUCCAAACUCCAAUUCCCAUUACAACCUCUGUACCAAAGCGUGCAAAAAGUCAGAAGAAGAAGGCCUUGGCAGCAGCACUUGCAACAGCUCAAGAGUAUUCAGAGAUCAGCAUGGAACAGAAAAAACUUCAAGAGGCUUUAUCAAAAGCAGCUGGAAAGAAGAGUAAGACCCCUGUACAGUUAGAUUUGGGUGACAUGUUAGCAGCUCUUGAAAAGCAGCAGCAGGCAAUGAAAGCUCGUCAGAUCACUAACACCAGGCCUCUCUCAUACACAGUUGGCAGUGCUGCUCCCUUUCAUACCAAAGAAUCCGCCAACAGAAAGUCCUUAACAAAGGGACAGCCAUCUAUGGGUUGCCUUAAUCCUUUGGAUUCGACUGCCCCGAAAGUGAAAAGAGGAAAAGAAAGAGAGAUUGCAAAACUGAAACGCCCUACAGCACUUAAGAAGAUUAUUUUGAAAGAGAGAGAAGAGAAGAAAGGUCGUUUAUCAGCUGACCAUAGCCUUCUGCCAUCUGAUGAACAGAAAGAGGUUCAUAUAAACUUGAGUGCUGAUCAGUCUCAGGAGCUGGCCUCUCAAGAAGAAACUGGCCUAAGUAUGCCUAGUGAUACUUCACUCUCGCCAGCAAGUCAGAAUUCUCCCUACUGCAUGACCCCAGUGUCACAAGGUUCACCUGCUAGCUCUGGAAUAGGCAGUCCAAUGGCAUCUUCUGCAAUAACCAAAAUUCACAGCAAGAGAUUCAGAGAAUACUGUAACCAAGUUUUAAGUAAAGAAAUAGAUGAGUGUGUGACUCUUCUAUUGCAAGAGCUUGUCAGCUUCCAGGAACGGAUUUAUCAAAAGGAUCCCAUGAGAGCUAAAGCGAGGAGAAGACUUGUUAUGGGAUUGCGUGAGGUUACUAAGCAUAUGAAACUGAACAAGAUCAAGUGUGUAAUUAUAUCUCCCAAUUGUGAAAAAAUCCAGUCAAAAGGUGGACUAGAUGAGGCUCUCUAUAACGUAAUAGCCAUGGCACGAGAACAAGAAAUUCCUUUUGUCUUUGCACUUGGCCGCAAAGCUCUUGGCCGCUGUGUGAACAAGCUGGUUCCUGUUAGUGUAGUGGGUAUCUUCAACUACUCAGGUGCUGAGGACCUAUUUAAUAAACUGGUAUCACUGACUGAAGAGGCCAGAAAAGCAUACAGAGAUAUGGUUGCUGCAAUGGAACAGGAGCAAGCAGAAGAAGCCCUGAAGAAUGUCAAGAAGGCACCCCAUCAUAUGGGUCAUUCUCGUAACCCCUCUGCUGCAAGUGCUAUCUCAUUCUGCAGUGUUAUUUCUGAACCAAUAUCUGAAGUGAAUGAGAAGGAAUAUGAAACAAACUGGAGAAAUAUGGUGGAGACAUCAGAUGGGCUAGAAACCUCUGAAAAUGAGAGAGAAUCCUCAUGUAAGACUGCGGGACCAGAAAAAGCUGGUAAUGGUCAAACAGAAAAAGCCACUCUUAAUAAACAACCACCUCUGGCUACAACUGGCACUACCUCAGCAACAAGUCAUGGAAAAUCCACACCAGGUGACAAAGAUGAGGCGAAACCAGAUGACAAUCUGGAAUGGGCCUCCCAGCAGAGUACGGAAACAGGUUCACUGGAUGGCAGCUGCCGAGAUCUUUUGAAUUCCUCCAUGACCAGUACCACCAGUACUCUUGUACCAGGAAUGCUAGAAGAAGAGGAAGAGGAGGAGGAAGAUGAUGAUGAGGACUAUGCCCAUGAGCCAAUUUCUGUAGAGGUUCAGCUUAACAGCAGAAUUGAAUCUUGGGUUUCAGAGACACAGAGAACUAUGGAGACUCUUCAGCUUGGGAAGACCCUUAGUGGUGCCGAAGAAGACAAUGCAGAACAAAGUGAAGAGGAAGAAAUAGAGACUUCUGAGCAGGCUGAUCCAGUUGCUGAUGGUGAGGAAUGGACAAAUGAUAAGCAAGCAAGUAACCCUCAACAUAAACCCACCAUCUGCAGUUCUUUGAAUAAAGAACACACAGAUUCCAUCUAUAUGCCGUAAAAAUAAGCAGGAACUCAGGAACUUUUUAGGAAUUAUAUUAAAACUAACUGUUGUAAAGGUUGCAGCCAUUAUUUCAUAUGCUUCAUCUCAACAUUUUGCACUGUUAAACAUUUAAUACGUGUAUUUAAUUCACAACACUAUUUUUGUAGCUGUCUGUUACUGGUUUGAUUUAAAAACUAGCUUAGCUUUUAAUCAGUAUCCAUUUUUCAGAAUAGAGACCAUGUGGAGAAUUUGUCAGUAAGUAUUUGAUCCUUUGUAAAAGGAAACAUCUUGUAACUGACCAGUUUUAAGCAAAGUUCUUCAAAGAUGUGACUUUUUAUCUUGUUUUCCAUCAGAUAAUCUGUGUUAACACUGACGAGUUACCAGUGCUUUACAUUGGUGUUACAGUCUUAGGCAUGUCAGUGUAUUUGGCCAUGAUCUUCUAGUUCUAUCUAGAAAUAAAAGUAAUAUUUUGAUUCUAUUUAAAGCAAAGCUAGAAAACCCCAUUUGCAGUCUUAAUGAAAGGUAAAUAGAGAAAUCUGUGCUUGAUUCUUAUGCUGAUAGACACAGCUUUUUAGUUGUCUUGGUGAAUGCAUUGUUAAAAAGCUGCUGAUAGUUGGGAUGGUUACAAAAAGCUAUAACAACUUUGAUUCCAGCAAGACUUUAAACGAGAGGGAUUUAAUAUAUUUGGAUUUGAUUUGUUUUACAAGGUGGAAAUAUUGCAUAAGAACGAAAAAACAGGGAAGAAAAUGAAAAUUCCCCAUGCUCUCCACAGAUGCUGGAUGCCAAACCACACUAAGUGAAUCACUAACCAUAAUCCCUAUCCAGGGCUUUUAGUAAACUGAUGACUUCCUCUUUCUCCUGUCACUUACCUCAGGAAUGCUCUUUUGCUUAGGGUAACCUACAUAACAUCACACAAAGCAAGAAUAAUCCUUUAAAGGCAAGUGUGACUGAUAACGGUGGCUCUACAUGCUCAUCUGCUUGCUUUGACCCUGGUCACCCUCAUGUUGAGUUCAGGCUAUAUCUUAAGGAUCCUUACUCAACCUGUGACCUUUGUUCUCACAGUUGUAGCAGCUUUAGAAGUUGACCUCUAGAGUAGAAAAUGAAGUAGUUACUCCAUGAGAGGAGAAAGUGCCCUGUAGUAUAGGGAGGUAUUUCUGUGGGUUGGAGGUAAAACGAACAUAGGCCCUCCUUGAAGUGUACAUGUUGCUUGAGAAUUGUUCCAUGAUUUGUUCUGAAAUACUGAAGCAAAAUCCAUUAACUGAUGAAUUCAUUUCAGAUUGAAGAUGGAGUAUGUGUCUAAACCUUGCCAGUAAGGAGUCUCUUUUCCAUCUUUGUCUUAUUUUGGCAAGGGGUGUACUGAAACUGCCAGCUGCAGGAGCUUCACUGCAAGAGUAGCCAAAGAGUAACUCGCAAAAAUAACACUUAUAGCAAACACAUUUCUUUUAAUUCCACUUCAUUUUUUUUCUUGAUCACUUACUGAAACACAUCAAAAUCCUCUGGGCAAGUUGAAAACCACAAGACAUGGAUAACUUGUUAGGUGUUUAGCCCACACUUAGUAAUAUGGGACCAAGGCUUUAUAGUACUAGGGAUGCUGGCAUUGUAAGUUGCACUGGGAAAAAUAAGGACUCGAGGUUUAGAAGACUUCUACCCCUGGGCUUUUUGGAUGCUAAUGAGAAUAAUAGAAACUGUGUAUUUUGUAAAUAAUGCUUUGGUAGGUAUAGGCAUAGCAAGUGCAACGUAGAUAAGCAGUGUAGAGAGCUGCUCGGACAACUGGCUGUUCUGUCACGUUCUUAGUUCCUUAAUGUAAUCUUCCUAGGUGUUAGAACAGGCGUUUUAUAGAAACACAAAGACUAAGGAAUGAUGCCUCCUGAAUGUUAAACCUAGUUUACUGUACAUAUGGCAGACUUGUACUGUCUGUUUUGCAAGAGUUUUUGCUUUAGGAAAUGAUAGGUGUUUGAACUGCUGACAAGCAAAACUUGCCCUUGGAUGUGUACGCACGUGUCUCGCUGCCAGCUGAGAGCCGUGUAUACACUGAGGGCGAAACUUCACCAGAACAUCAGGAAACUGAGGUGUUUGUAAUUUUUCCUGUUACUUUUUCAGUGCCAGUGAUUCAAAUAACUUUUGAUCUUGAAGUAUUAACAUCAAAGGCGCAUCUUUUUAUAUGUCUUUUCUGAACUUGGACUGUCAUUUUAAAGUUUUCUGACAUUUAUAUCAGAGAAGUCUUGUAAUAUUCAGCCCACUAUUUAACUGCAGUUUUGCUACAGGUUUAAUAGAGUUCUUGAAGGUGAUAUAGCACUUAUCUCUCAAUUUGCCAGCAAAUAAGGAACUAGUCCCUCUUUAAAAUGUGGCAGAUCACCCUUAGAGGAGCAAACUGAAACUGAGUAAAGGAAACUGGUUUUAGUGCUUCCUUUUUGAUAAGCCGGGAAUGAGCAAUAACUGUGAGGAGGAAAUUGCAAUUCCUUUCCGAGUGAUCCAUUUGCAUCUAAAACUAGGGAAGUUCCUUGCCACUUGAAGCACUUGAGGAGAGUAUCUCACUGUGGUAAUUUUGAUUCUGUUAUCACCAGAAUUUAAGAAGAAAGCAUACAAAUGUUUUGCAAUACCAUGGGUUUUUAUUAAGUAGCCGGAUUUGUAUCUCAGUGUGGAAGUAUGCAGUUUAUUAUACAGGUUGUUACUGUCCCCAGGCAAAGAUGUUUCUGUAGUUAUAGGUGUAUAGAUAUUUUUGUUGUGAAAAUGAUUAUUUGAAAAACAAAUCUACUUUUCUUAAGACAUUCUUUAUAGAGAUGAUGUCACCACUUAAUUUAUCUGGUAAAAAUCAAAUGUAUCUGUGGUAGGGGUAGGGAUCUUUAAAACUGAUACAGGUGGCUAUGUAUACAACCUAUUUAUAUAAAUACUUUAAGUAUCUGUCAAAAUAAUAAUAAAACAUGGAUUACAAAUAUGUAAAAGGGAAGAAUCCUGAAGAACUCCUUUUUUUUUUUUCCUUGGUUGGACCAAGUAACAAUGUCUGAGGAAGGUCAGGGACCUGAUCCUGCCGACGCACACUUAAGGGCAUUGGUUCCACUGGCUGGUGGCCUGUAUCUGCUGAAGUGGUGUGCAGGUGGUGGUGGGAUUGGAGCUUAACAGUGACAGAGGGCGUUGACCUGUGUUUUAAAAACUCAUUCUAGAACUUGUUCAGUAAUGCACUUGUUUAGUGUUCUUCUGGUAAAGAUAUGAGGUGUCUUUAUGCUCAUUUGGGUGGGUGGGAGCUUACACAGUGUGAUGCUGUCCAGUUCUUUAACACGAGCUUAAAUUUUAAUGAUGUUACUUUACAUAUGUAAAAAAGUAUUACUGUUGGAAAAGCUGCUGUUUGCUCAAACUGUCAUUAAGUAUUUCCCGUGAAGUUGUGCCAACUCUCAAAGCACCCGAGUCGAUUUCAACGUUAGCCAUUUAAAAACGAGACGUGACCGAAUCAAACCCCAGCAGAAGCAAAGCCAUAGACACAAGGAACACCGUGGGGUUCCUGCCCACCCUGCCACGUACAAGGAAACGUGAGAAUGUCUGACCCCAAACUUCCAAGCCAAUGAAUGGUAACACUGGAAGUAGCCCCCCAGUUGGCACAGCCCAUCUUCUCAAUGUUCAUGAGUAGUUAAUCUGUUUUAAAUAGAUUCUAGUAAGGAAAGCUGUUUAAUCUUUAAUGUCUUAAAUUACAGUUAUAUUUAGGGUGAAGCAGUAGAAAAAUCAUUAUGAAAUACAAUAUGAAGGGGUUUGUUCCAUUUCUUUUUUUGCUGUAUGAAGGAUAAUUGUUCUGUCUACCUUACUUUUGGGAGUAAUAACAGCUUUUUUGCACUAUGUAAAUACUAGUGGGGAUUCUUCCAUAACUAAUAAAUGAUUGUAGAAAUUUA